UGGCGUGAAAACGGGGACAAAAGCUUAGUAGGUCUUUGGAGACACCUAACCAGUGCAUAACAAUAAAGCCCAAAAACUCCAUAGUCCCUAGCCUGGUUUCUUCAUCUGGGAGAAAGGCGGUUGCUGAACAUUUGAGCAAAGAAUCCAUAUAAGACACAUUCUUCGUUUUUCUUGUUGUUGUAAUAUUCAUUCAUCUCUUCUUACCCUUGCCCUCGCUGAUUGUAACAGAAGAAUCUAAAAAAGAACCCUAUGGAGGUUCUUCGAUCGAACCUUGGCCGGGUUCGGAUUCCAGAGCCAACAACUCGUAUCUACAAGCACGAGUGCUGCAUUUCUUUCGAUACUCCGAAAUCCGAGGGUGGGCUGUUUGUUGAUAUGAAUGCUUUUCUUGCAUUUGGAAAGGAUUAUGUUGGUUGGAACUAUGAGAAGACUGGGAACCCAGUUUAUUUGCAUAUAAAGCAGACAAAGAAGACAGAAGAUGCCGAAGAUAGACCUUCCAAAAAACCCACUCUCUUGGCUAUAGGUAUCGACGGAGGGUUUGAUAAUAGUGAACCCCAGUACGAAGAAGCGUAUGAAAUAGUUAUAUUGCCUGAUUAUGUUACUCUUCCUUUCCCAUCAGUGGAAUUGCCUGAAAAGGUAAGAUUGGCAGUUGAUGCUGUUUUACUAGCUGAAGGUGCUGAGAGAAAAGAGCAACUGGCGUCUUGGACUGCUGAUAAGAAGCUUGUCAGUAAAUAUGCCACGGAUCUGCUACAGCUUGACAAUGGAGUUGUUGUUCCACCAGUGGGCUGGAAAUGUGCCAAGUGUGAUAAAACUGAAAAUCUUUGGCUGAAUCUAACUGAUGGAACUAUCCUAUGUGGUAGAAAAAAUUGGGAUGGAACUGGUGGUAAUGACCAUGCUGUUAACCAUUACAGAGAAACUGGUUACCCACUUGCUGUAAAGCUUGGGACAAUAACUGCUGAUUUGGAGGGGGCAGAUGUUUUCUCCUAUCCAGAGGAUGAAAGCGUUGUUGAUCCACUUUUAGCUCAACAUCUGGCACAUUUUGGUAUUGACUUCUCAUCCUUGCAAAAGACUGAAAUGACGACUGCUGAGAGAGAGCUAGACCAAAAUAUUAAUUUUGAUUGGAACCGGAUUCAAGAAACGGGUGAGGAUGUUGAACCACUUUUUGGACCUGGUUACACUGGAUUAGUCAAUCUUGGUAACAGUUGCUACUUGGCUGCUACAAUGCAGGUUGUGUUCUCGAUGCGUUCCUUUUGUUUAAAAUACUAUUCAGAUCAAAGUCUGAAAGCAGCUUUCAGUAUGGCUCCUGCUGAUCCAACUGUAGAUCUUAACAUGCAGCUAACGAAACUGGCUCAUGGCUUGCUUUCUGGUAAAUAUUCGGCUCCUGUUCUGGAGAAGGAUGAUACCACAAGUGCUGAUAGCUCACCGAAACAGGAGGGUAUCCGUCCCAGAAUGUUCAAGUCAGUAAUAGCUGCUAGUCACCCUGAAUUUUCAACUAUGAGACAACAGGAUGCCUUAGAGUUCUUCCUGCAUUUUAUUGAUCAAGUUGAACGGAUGAACUCUGGGAAACCUGAUUUUGAUCCGUCAAGGAGCUUCAAGUUUGGUAUUGAAGAACGCCUCCAAUGCCCCUCAGGCAAAGUUGCUUACAACAGGAGGAAUGACUAUAUUCUCUCUCUUAAUAUCCCUUUGGAAAAGGCCAUCAAUAAAAAAGAGUUAGCAGAAUUCCAAAAUUUGAAGAGUAAGAAAGCUGCAGAAGGAAAAGAACUGUCUGCUGACGAAAUUGUCCGCCCGAGGGUGUCAUUGAAGGAUUGCUUAGAUUGUUUUUCAGCUCCUGAGGAGGUCCAUGAGUUUUACAGCACAGCUUUAAAGGCUAGGACAACAGCUAUAAAAACUGCAGGUUUGACUUCUUUUCCAGAUUAUCUGGUUUUGCAUAUGCGAAAAUUUGUUAUGGAGGAAGGCUGGGUGCCAAAGAAGCUUGAUGUCUACAUAGAUGUCCCUGAAACCAUUGACGUAAGUGGCAUGCGAAGUAAUGGUAUUCAACCAGGAGAAGAGCUAUUACCUGACAGUGAUGCUGGGGAUGGUGAGCAAUCAACAAAGCUUCUGGCUAACGAGGAUAUUGUUGCACAACUUGUUUCAAUGGGAUUUAAUCUUCUCCAUUGUCAGAAGGCUGCAAUUAAUACCUCCAAUAGUGGAGUAGAGGCAGCAAUGAAUUGGUUACUUGAGCACAUGAAUGAUUCAGAUAUUGAUGCUCCUAUAUCGCAAAACGUGCAAAAUCCUGAUAUCGAUCAAUCAAAAAUUGAUACGCUGCUUUCCUUGGGUUUUGAGGAGAAACUUGCUUGUAGGGCUCUGAAGGCAUCGGGUGGUGAUGUUGAAAGAGCUACUGAAUGGAUUUUUAGCAAUCCUAGUGCUUCUGCUGCAUCAGACAUGGAUGCUGCAACUAGUGGUGGAGCUGCAGUUGAUCCCUUGCUGCCUGAUGGAGGAGGAAGAUACAGGCUCCUUGGAUUCGUGAGCCACAUUGGCACAUCUACACAGUGUGGUCAUUAUGUUGCUCAUAUUCACAAAGAUGGCAGGUGGGUGAUUUUCAAUGAUGAAAAAGUUGGGGUCUCGAAAAAUCCCCCGCUGGACAUGGGAUACCUCUACUUUUUUGAAAGACUUGAGAGUUGAACAAUGGACACCCGAGAGCUAUAUAAAAUGCCGGGAUACGCAUGCAGGACCAAGCAACUUCUGGAAUCAUAGCUUGCUAUUGUCAUAUGUUAUGCAGGUUGAAUACAUACGACAAGUGUCUCAUAACAUACUUCACAUGCCUAAAUCUUAGGCAAAUUCAAAUCUCAAGUAGAAGAGUGUAAACUUCUUCAGGAGCUGGAUUUGCAUGGAUACAUCUUCCAUAUAUGUAGGGGUCGUUUUGUUCUACUGGUUCUUAUAGAUUCAUCUUUUUGCUUCCUCCGUUA